AUGCCUCAGGAUAUGCCACCCGUGGGGGGCUACCAGGCUGUGCAGUACAAGGAUACCGAGCUGGAACCACGAGAGGCUGCUAGGGAUGGGAGAUUCAGGACUACGGGAUCACGGAAAUCGAGAGGGCAAAGCUUUGAUGGAACGAUGCUGAUGAUUCGAGAACAGCGCAACCUGCCCGCCCGCGGAUUCCGCCCCGGCACGAUGCUGAUUGGUAUGGGGCUUGUGAUGGGAUACGGAUGGUACCACUUGACCAAGGGUAUCCGGGAAGCCAACGAGCUGGCGAGAGAAAAGAUGUGGGCGCGCAUUCACAUUAUCCCCCUCCUUCAGGCUGAGGAGGACCGCGACCAGGUCCGAAGGUGGUACGCUGACCAGGCGAGAGAGAAGGAGCUGUUGGGCGAGAACACCAAGGUUUACCACUCUGAUAGAUUCGUCCGCCCCACCUUUGCUCUUGCACCGCAGAACAAGAACUAG